CCCUGUGUAUUCUUACACAAACACACACACCACACACAUUCACACACCAUUACAAACACAGCGUAUUGGCUACAAAAGUUCACAGAAACUGUGAGAUAAUAUAAUCAAGACUGGAGGAGAAAUGGGAAAUGGAUACAACUACAACCAUCACCUUCAUCAGCAAAGUUUCUAUAACAAGAACUCAUUCUUGCCACUUCUAUGCCGAGUUUCCAUCAAGGAUGUCAAGUUAAGAGAGUACAAAGAUCGUUCAUGCUCCUUCUCCGACGACCCUUCAUCCCCUAAAGUUAGUUGUAUGGGUAAAGUCAAGAAAACCAACCGGUUAAUCGGCUUUUCAACACCCUAUAGGCUCACGGCCGCAACAGCUACAACAGCCACCACCACCGCGAAAACCAACACAAAUCACCAAGGGCAUUUUAAGCACAAAAAGCUCAGAAGAUUGUUUUCCGGCAAAAACCUCAUAACUAGCUUCCCGGCCACCAGCAGCAGUAGUAACACCAGGUACGGUGCUGGGAAUGCUAGGAGCUGCAGAGAGAUCAUCCUGAGGAGAAGUGGUUCAAGAAGGUCUUCGAAGAUUAACAAUGAUGAUGGUGGUAUUGAUCAUGUGAGCAUUAGUGAACUGGAUCCCCCAUUGCCGGUGAUCAAGAAGGUGCAGCAGCCAUGUGAAGUAAAUCUGUGGAAGAGAAGAUCUGGUGGCCCGGCACUGAAAAGUUUACAGAUUGAACAGAUUCAUGUACCUAGGAACAAUCACCUGCCACUGCCAGCACAAACUGUGUAAUCAUAUUGGGGAUCCAAAUUUCAAUUGAAAGGUAUUCCAAAAGUUUUGAAAAGGUAAUAUUGAC